GAUUUGCUCCUUCGAGCCUCUGAGGCCUGGGCGGCGUCCAUGCAGGCACCUCCAGGGCGGUCGGGUGGCGGCAGGGUCCUCGGCCCUCCUGGGCCGGCCGACCUUCGGCGCUCAGGACGACGCGGCGUGUUGAGUGACACAUACCGAGAGCCGGAGCGGCGGGUCUGAGCUGGCCGUCCCGCCCUCCGCCCACGCUCCCCUGCUUCCGCUCUCUCUUCCUCCUGUGGCCUUUCCUCUCUCCUUUCUCCUCCGUCCCCCCUUCUUUGGUUCACCCCGCGUCGGUCCUCCGUCUCACCUUUCGGGCUGGCCGCCGGUGCUGUGCGUGUCCCUUAAGAGCUGCGCGUGGCCAGCAGUUUUGGGGGGACUGGACUUUGUCUGGCUUCUAGCCCCGAGCGUCUGUCUGCUAGCCAGAGACCGAUUCCGAGAGGGCUGGGUGGACUCCGUGCAGUCGUCUGCCUGGACAGGAUGUUUGCUAGAGGCCUGAAGAGGAAAUGUGGUGACCAGGAAGAAGGAGUAGAGGGUUUUGGCACUGUCCCUUCCUAUAGCCUGCAGCGACAGUCACUCCUGGACAUGUCCCUUGUGAAGCUCCAGCUCUGUCACAUGCUAGUGGAGCCCAACCUCUGCCGCUCAGUCCUUAUCGCCAACACAGUACGACAGAUCCAGGAGGAAAUGAGCCAGGAUGGCGUGUGGCAUGGGAUGGCACCCCAGAGUGUAGAGCGGGCACCAAUUGACCGACUAGUAUCCACAGAGAUCCUGUGUCGUACAGUGAGGGGAGCUGAGGGGGAGCACCCCACUUCAGAACUGGAAGACGGUCCCUUGCAAAGCUCAGCUUCCGAGCUUCCCAUCGUUGGCUCAGCACAGGGGCAAAGGAACCCUCAGAGCAGCCUCUGGGAGAUGGACAACCCACAAGAAAACCGGGGAAGCCUUCAGAAGUCCCUGGACCAGAUAUUUGAGACCCUGGAGAACAAAAACUCCAGUUCAGUGGAGGAGCUCUUCUCAGAUGUGGACAGCUCCUACUAUGACCUGGACACAGUGCUAACAGGAAUGAUGACUGGGACCAAGUCCAGUCUCUGCAAUGGUCUGGAGAGCUUUACUGCAGCCGCCCCUCCUCCCAGCUCCACUUGCAAGUCUGACCUGGCUGAACUGGACCACGUCGUAGAGAUUCUGGUGGAGACCUGAGAGAACACCCCAGUGGGCCAAGGACAAGGCCACCACUCCCCAUGGAGCUCCAUGUGCAGUGACCCAGAGACAGACAAGCACUUGUCCUAAGAGGGGCUCUGACUCUUGAGCCAGGGUCUCCACCUCUGUCUGACUAUGAAAAUAUCUGGGACAGAUUUUCCUCUGCAAGGAUCGCAGCCCUGGAGCUGCCUCCGGGCUAGUUAGUUCCUGGGGAGGACAGAACGGAUGCAUCUCAAGGAACUGAGCUAGCUCGCUCGCUGAAGGCCCUGGGCUCAUUAUCCUGUGUGUGACGCUGGGAUAACUGGAGGAUGGUGGGCCACAGCUGUGUCUAGUCUAUUUUAAAUUAGAUAGGUGAACUUUCUAAAAUUAAGUUUUAUAUGUUUUGGGCAAUAUUUUGUCUUAAGAUAUAUUUUUUAAACUUUUUAUACUUUAGAUUUUUUUCAGCUAUUUUCUUAAAAGUAUAUUUUUUCUACAAACAUCCUCUGCUGCUACAUUAGAAACAUUUAUAACCUAAAUACGAUUGGUGUGUCAUUUUUAAGGUUUAAAUAGAAAACUUUGAGUCUCUACACUUCUAAGGCAACUGUAAAUGUAGCCGGCCAGGUGUUUACAUGAGAGGCUCCAUUAUGGUCUACAUUCCAGUAGAGAGCUUGAAGGGAACCAUGCCCAGCCCCACUGCUCCCUCCUCCCUCACUGGGUCUGUCUGCAAGAGCUGUCUUCCCAGGCUUUCCUGUGCAGGGUGGUUUUAUUUAUGCCUAUUUAUAUGUAAAUGCACUGAGGGCUAAGGUCUUCUGUCUGGAAAUCACAACACCGUUCUUCAGAGACUGUGGUGAGGCAGUGCCUUAUGCAGGUCUUGUCCUUGGGUCCCCAGCCCAGCACUGUGUGACAUGAGGACAUGACAUCCCAACAACAACCAGCACCACAUGCUACAUGUCAAGAGUAUGCGUGGAGACUGCAGGGUACCAGGCAUGUGUGUGCUUAGAAAGGGUGUGCAGCCCACCAUGUGCUCAAUAGGACAUACCUGUGCUUGCUUGCUUUAAAAUGGUGCUUGAACAUUUUAAGGUUAAAAACAAUCUGAUUCUAUAACCUAGGGCUCCUCCAUCCUGGGGUGGCCCCUAUGCUGUCUGCUUGGGUCUCAUGGUCCCGAUAACCAGAUCACAUGUCAGACCCCACCCCCACCCCACCAUGCUUUUGUUUCUCUUGUGCUGUUCUUUUGGACGUCCCCACCUGAGCCUAAGAGGUUUUAUUUUGUAUGUGUUAUGACUGUUCUUCACUAUCAACAAUGUAAACCUCACUUUAUUAAAGGAAUCCAGCAAAUGGA